CCCUCCUCUUUCCCUCUCAUUGAGCACUCUCACACGCGUGGCGCAACAUUGUCAUUCCAACUUUCUGCCUUUCUGCCCGAGCGCCCGACAGGUUGCCCUUUAUCUAGUUUAUUUUCUCUAUCGAUUGACUACCUCGCUUGGACACCAAUUUGCUCUCUUCUUUUUUACCAUGACUGGACUCAUUCGCUCACCCCUGGUUCUUGCCAGGAACACUAUGCGUGCAUCCAAUAUUAUCCGAGCUUCCACACCUACUCUCAACCGUACAUUCCUUAUCAAUGUCAAGUCCGCCAAGAAGUCAAAAGUACAACAGCAACAGGAAGAAAAGUCAUCAUCACCAAUAUCAGAAACAGGAGCAGAGGCAGCAACAGCAGCACAGGAUUCGAAAUAUAGGAUAGAGACACCUUCACCAGCAGUCGUUGCAUUCGCUCACCGUCUAAAAUUGAACAAACUCAAGGAUCAGACACUUUUGAUGCGCAUUGUCACACAUCCUAGUUAUGAGAGGGUCGGCAUCCAGACUAAUGCAAGACUUGAUACCCUUGGUGACAAGGCUUUGCAUAUGUUUGUCAUGGAGUAUCUCCAUGUGAAAUAUCCUAAACUUCCUACAAAUGUGUUGAAGGAGGCUGUGGAGGUAUACACUCGGACGAGUACUUUGGAGCUCAUGGCCAAGGAAUUUGGUGUUGAAGAUGUUGCUCGUUGGGUUCGUUCAAAGCCUGAUGCAGGACACCAAUUGUCAUUAAAAACUGUCAAGGCCUCAGUGGUACGCGCUAUAGUCGGGGCCAUCUACAUCGAUCAAGGUUUCCUCAAAGCCCGAGAAUUCGUUCACGCUCACUUUUUGUCGCGUGAUUUCAAGAUCGAGUCAUUGCUCCAGAUUGAUGAGCCCAAGCAUUACUUGUCUGUGUUGAUGAAGCGUUUAGGUCGUGAGCGUCCGGUAGCACGAAUGUUGGCUGAGACAGGUCGUACCUCGAAGGCUCCUAUUUUCAUCGUCGGUGUUUACUCGGGCACAGAAAAGAUUGGUGAGGGUUUUGGAUCAUCAAUCAAGAUGGCCGAGUUCAGAGCCAAUGCCGAUGCAUUGAAGAAGUAUUAUAUGGAGGAGCUCAAAGAUUUUGGACUACCUUCGGAUACUGAGAAAGAGGGCGCUAUUUACACGCCAACAAAGAUUGGUGACACCGAGGUUGUUGUCUAG